AAAGAGGAUUCGGUUCUACAGCAAUGGCUGCAUUUGGUGAUCGUGCAAAGAGCUGGGAUAACGUGGCUGUGUUAGUUGACGAAACUAUUAAACCACAAGCUCCGUGUAGCCCAUUCCUACAGACCCCAACACGCCAGAACAUUAAACCAAAGGCCACUCUAAUAAGGAAUAAGAACACAGCAAACAGACAAUCAGCCCCUGAACAAAGGAUCCGCAAGGGCGAGGGCUACUCGCUCUCCCAUGUGGCUGAAAUCAAUCCUGUUGAAAGACCAUGUGCUUCGAUGCCCCUCUCUGUGAAAGCUGCUACGCCUAACGUUCGCCAUCGUAAGCCUAAGAAGCAAUUUAUUGAGCCUGUGAAGCCAUACACGACCGGUCUCCCGCCCAAAAGUAGCAGCCCUUCCUUUGUUCCGGUCUCGUCUUACCCGACCACUGUAUCUUAUGAUAGUAACACAGCAGCUGAGCAACUAAAGGCGACGGAAGACUUAGUUACAUUGUAUUUGACGCCUGAGGACGAUUUCACACAGUCACCCCCAUGGAGCAGAUACGUAUGUCCACACAAGCCUAAGAAGAGAUCUAGGAAGAGAUCUAUUGAGCCUGUGAAGCCAUACACGACCGGUCUCCCGCCCAAAAGAAGAAGCCCUUCCUUUGUUCCAGACACGCCUUACCCAGACACUGUAUCGGGUGUUCCUAACACCACUGCAGAGCAGCUAACGGCACGCAAAGACUUGGAGUCCUUGCAUCGGUCGUCGUCUAGUACACCAACGCCCUACCAGCCACCAAGUGUCUCCAUUGAGAGGGAACAAAAGACAUCUGAUGAGACAAUCCAUGCCAUAGAAGUAGGCGAAGUAUCCGAAGACACCGGACUAACAGCGACAGCCCCUACAUCACGCCAAACAAAUCGUGAAGCUACAGGCGAAGGGUCUGAAGACACAGAGCUAACAGCACCCGUCCCUACAUCACGUCAGACAAAUCGGGGAGCUACGGGAGAAGAGUCUGAAGACACUGGACCAACAGCAACACAGCUUACACCCCACCAACUGUGUCAGGCUGCUUUGCAGGAGGACCCUGAAUAUAAUGUAGGUGAAUACCUCUUUAACUGUAUCUAUAGCACCGAGGAAGGCACCGAUUAUGUCAGCUGUAUACCACACACCUCUGUUAUAACUGUGGCAGAUAAAAAGUGUAACAGCGCUAAUACCGCCAUAACCACUCCUGUAAAUGUAUUAGAGGUUAACGUUCCAUUCCUUGAUAAGCAAACAGUACCUAAUUAUAUUACUAACAAUCGGUUUGAACAAGGUGGGGCACUAGGAGGUCCUGAGCAGUUAACAUUACUUCAGAGUGCAGAGUUUUGA